GAGUAGAAGUUGUUGUUGCAGUAUGUUCGUCAGGAGGAGUCUCCGUGUCUUUUCAUGUCCCCUCACUGCGCUUCACUGUCGCACCGUCUACUCUCGGAAUUUGGGGGUGGAGAAUGUCUUGUCUCAGUUCAAGUCCAUCUGUGGUAAUGAGGGGGUCUCUGUUGGAGAGGCUGUGAGGGAACAGCAUGGCAGGGACGAGUCCAUGCACAAAUGUCGUCCUCCAGAUGCAGUGGUGUUUCCUCGCUGUGUGGAGGAGGUCAGUGCUUUGGCCAAGCUCUGUCAUAUCUUUAAUGUGCCCAUGAUCCCAUUUGGAACAGGCACAGGUCUGGAGGGAGGAGUCGGCGCACUGGAAGGGGGAGUUUGUUUCAGUUUAAGAAACAUGGACAAGAUCGUGGAUGUGCAUGUGGAGGACAUGGAUGUGACAGUAGAACCUGGUGUGACCCGGAAAAUGCUCAACACUUAUCUCCGAGACACAGGCCUCUGGUUUCCAGUCGAUCCGGGGGCAGAUGCAUCGCUGUGUGGGAUGGCUGCCACCAGUGCAUCUGGUACAAAUGCGGUCCGUUAUGGCACAAUGAGAGAGAAUGUCCGGAACCUGGAGGUGGUGCUGGCUGAUGGGACCAUUAUACAAACUGCAGGGAAGGGGCGUCGACCCAGAAAGACAGCUGCUGGGUACAACCUGACAAACCUGUUUGUUGGCUCAGAAGGCACUCUUGGCAUCAUCACCAAGACCACUCUCCGUUUGUAUGGGAUCCCAGAGGCAGUGGUCUCUGCUGUGUGCACCUUCCCCUCUGUCCAGGCCGCUGUGGAUAGCACUGUGCAGAUCCUACAGUCAGGAGUGCCCAUUGCUCGCAUUGAGUUUCUGGAUGAUGUCAUGGUGGAUGCCUGUAAUCGCUACAGUUCCCUGUCCUACCCUGUGAAACCCACUCUCUUCCUGGAGUUUCAUGGGUCUGAGGACAGCCUGAAGGAGCAGGUCAAGGUAACGGAGGACAUAACACAGACAAGUGGAGGGUCAAAUUUUCACUGGGCUCAGGAUGCAGAAACCCGUAACCACCUGUGGGCCGCCCGUCACAAUGCCUGGUAUGCUGCCCUGGCUCUCAGACCAGGCUGUCAGGCUUACUCCACCGAUGUGUGUGUUCCUCUGUCUCAUCUGCCACAAAUUAUAGUGGAAACAAAGGAGGAUCUCAUUAAGAGCAAUUUGACAGGUCCCAUAGCCGGGCAUGUGGGAGAUGGGAACUUCCACUGCAUCAUGGUGGUGGAUCCCAAUGACAAAGAUGAGUUGAACAGGCUGCACUCAUUCACAGACAGACUGGCCAGGCGAGCGCUGGCCUUGGAUGGGACGUGCACAGGAGAACAUGGAGUGGGCCUGGGGAAAAUGUACCUGCUCCCGGAGGAGCUGGGCUGUCACACAGUUCAUGUGAUGCAGUCCAUAAAACACACUCUGGACCCCAAGAACCUAAUGAACCCUGGCAAAGUACUGCUACCAUUUUCCAGAGAGUCACAGCAGGGUUAACAAGAGGUCAACUUCUUAUUCAGCCGACAUAGUUCCACUCCACAAACUGCAAUAACUAUGCUUUUUAGGAAUUUUGUGUUUGUACUGCAUCUUUCAAUCAGUUUUGUGUGUUUCAUUUUUUUAAUAUCUUAAAGCUUUUGAGAAAACUGCAUAACUUGGUUUAAGAGAUUUUCAAAUGUAUAUCAGGGUUUUUGUUUAUAUUUUUGAUGGUGCAUUUUUGUUACCUUUUGCUAUUGAUAUAAAACCUACAUUCUUUUGAUCAAUGUUGUACUAUAAAGCAGUGUACAACAUGUAAGGUUUUCAUCCAUAAACAAAUAAAUCAGUUAACUCACUCAAAUCACAUCCUG